AUGGCUUCUUCUUCUUCUUCCUCGUCUUCAAUUGACUUUUCUACAGCAAUUCUAAUAAAUGUUGAUCAAUCCGGCAAAGGAGACUUUAGUAAGAUUCAAGAAGCAGUUGACUCUAUCCCUCCCAAUCUAAACAACUCUCAACUCUAUGUCAUUUGGGUUAAGCCUGGAAUUUACCGAGAAAAAGUGGUGAUUCCUGCGGAGAAACCCUACAUAACAUUGAGUGGAACAAAAGCUUCCAAUACUUUUCUCAAAUGGAGCGAUGGUAAAGGCAUUAAGAAAUCACCCCCUCUCACAGUACUCGCCUCCAAUUUCGUAUGCCGAUUGCUCACUAUUGAGAAUGAGCUUGGAACGGCGAGAGUCGCGGGACAGGCGGUUGCGCUACGGGUGGCGGCGGAUAAUGCGGCGUUCUACGGUUGUGUGAUAAAGUCAUACCAAGACACUCUUCUUGACGACAAAGGAAACCAUUAUUUCAAUGAUUGCUAUAUUGAAGGAGCCACCGACUUCAUUUGUGGAAACGCAUCUUCUCUCUAUGAAAAGUGUUAUUUACACUCGGUUUCACCGAACAAAGGGUCGAUAACGGCGCAAAAGAGAUUGAAUGUGACGGACAAAUCAGGGUUUGUAUUCUUGCAAUGCAAGUUAACCGGUUCGGGAUCCACGUUUUUGGGAAGACCAUGGGGACCUUAUUCUAGGGUUGUCUUUGCUUAUUCCUUCUUCUCCAAUGUAGUCGUGCCACAAGGAUGGAACAAUUGGGAAAACUCGACCAACGAAAAAACUGCGUAUUAUGGUGAAUACAAAUGUUAUGGUCCCGGAGCAGACCGGAGACAAAGGGUAAAGUGGUCAAAACAGUUAUCGCACGACGAAGCUACCGUCUUCUUGAGCAAGAACUUCAUCGGCGGCAAAGACUGGCUCCGACCUUUGCCUUCUCACUUUAAGAAAGCUCCAAAAUAA